AGAGAUUUUAAUGUGAGCUGCCAAACAGGCAGACAUUGUGAGUUGAGCGUGUGUGGUUGUACAGUAACAAAACAUCCUGCAACGAUGUAAAACGUCCGCCCGACGGGACUUUCUCGGUGGUAAAGUGACUUCACGCGGCGACGUUCAAAACUCUUCCAUCAAACCAUCGGUGUUGUGUCCGAACGUUGGGGGCUACAAAAGGGCUAGAAAAAACGGGGGUCCACCCUCACCCCUUCCCUCCUUCCCACCAAACCAACUGGGGGGGUCUUUAUCCGGGGGUAAAGAACCAUAUGCUCAUUAGACGGUUGCAAACGGCGCAAAACGUAAAAUCUCUCGAUGCGUUAGAGGACGGUAUAGACAAGACACACCAUGAGCUAUACGGCGGAAGAGAAAAUUAAGCUCGCGGGCGAAGACUCCAAGGAUCGGUUGUACGAGGCAAAGCAGAACCAGAAGGCGAUACGCAUCCUGACGGUGGCGGCAUACGUGCUGUGCGUUUCGCUCGUCGCCAUUAUGCUGUCGCUGUACUACAUCUUCUUCUGGGAUCCAAGCACAAACCCGAUGCAGCAGAAAACUCAAACGAUCGAUACCCUUAUCAUACCGGAUCACCUGGCAAUACGGUUGGCGAAUCGGAGCGAGGUGCCAGCGAACCGCUUUUUCCACAGCUUCUACCAGCAUCUGGUGCAGGAUCGUGUCGUGAAGAUUAGAAAGGAGGUGCAGAUCUCGGAAUCAUCCAACCUGACCCGACUCAUCGAGCUGUACCAUCAGCAACAGCAGCAGCAGCGACACCGACGUCCGGAAAAGCUGUCCUCCAGCCGGAAGCAUACACUGCUCGGUGAAGCGGACGAUGGUCAGCUGUCCUACCAGGUGCAGUCGGCUGAACAGCAAGGCUCGGUUAGUGAUGGUCCGCCACGGUUGAACACGGACGAGGACGACGGUAGCGAUGAUUACGAGCAGAGCGGUAACUACGAGCUGUACUCCAACCACACCACCAUACAGCUCGAUGCGGACGAAACCGAACAACAGUGAGGACAACGGCAGACACCCGGAAACCAUACAGGAUUAGCCCCAAAACCACACACAAAACACACACACAGAAGCGAACACGUAUACAGGAAUUGCGCACACGUUUUCAUACGAUUUUAAUGCACCACCACCACAAACACACACACACACACACUGCUAGUAGCAAGGCACCGCCAGGCAACGGGUAAAACGGAACAGAUGUAUAGUGGAAGGAUUAGUUGAAUAGUAAUUAAGCGAAACGGACUGUUUGGUUGAUCCUGUGCACGGUUUUUGCUGCACGCGCUUCCCAACGAAUUAGCUCUGCGUGCGCACUACUAGUUGAGUCCACACGGCGCACCUGGUAGUGGUGCUGGUGGUGGUUAGGAUGAAGCGGUAGGAAUAAAACCCCCACCCUCCCCGGUUGAAGUUAGUAACUUUGUGGCCUAAACGAUUAAACGUGUGUAAACUCACUACUCACUCUAACCAAAUAUAGUACGGUUACACCAUCACCCUCCUUUA